CCUGACUUUUUUUCUCCGCUCAGCUCUUCUCUUUGCUCCGGUACUGCACCAAGCAUGGAGAAUGACCAGUCUCCCACCUCACCUGGGAAGGACAUCCAGGGGCAGAGCGGGGACAAACCUGCCCCCAGCUCGCAGCCCCCCGCUCCAGCCCCCGCGGAGCAGCCGAGCGCCCAGCCCGAAGCAGCCGUGUGCGACAUCUCGGAGGAGCUGAGCCGGCAGCUGGAGGACAUUAUUAAAACCUACGGGUCUGCCGCAAGCCUGAUGGAGAAGGAAGGCGCCGCUAUGGGAACCGACAGGCCUGAGAAGGGAGAGCCAGGCAGCGUGGAGGAUGCGGAGUAUGAAGAUGCAAAUGAGGAGAGUGAGAAAGAGAAGCUGGCUCCUGGGGAUGCUUCCAGAGCAAAGGAGCCCAGCGGCAGCAAGGAGCAAAAGCUGGAGAAGAAAAUCCUGAAAGGACUAGGGAAGGAAGCCACCCUACUGAUGCAAAGCUUGAACAAGCUGAAUACUCCAGAGGAGAAGCUGGACCUGUUAUUUAAGAAGUAUGCUGAGCUGCUCGAAGAACAUCGUGCCGAGCAGAAAAAGCUCAAAUACCUGCAGAAGAGGCAGGCCCAGAUCACCAAGGAGAAGGACCAGCUGCAGAGCGAGCACAGCCGAGCCAUCCUCGCCCGCAGCAAGCUCGAGAGCCUGUGCCGGGAGCUCCAGAGGCACAAUAAAAACCUCAAGGAGGAAACAAUUCAGCGGGCACGGGAGGAAGAUGAGAAGAGGAAAGAAAUAACUAAUCAUUUCCAGGGCACGCUGAGUGAAAUCCAGGCCCAGAUCGAGCAGCAAAGCGAGAGGAACAUGAAGCUCUGCCAGGAGAACACUGAGCUGGCAGAGAAGCUGAAAAGCAUCAUUGACCAGUAUGAGCUGCGGGAAGAGCACCUUGAUAAAAUAUUUAAGCACAGAGAACUUCAACAGAAACUGGUGGAUGCCAAGUUGGAGCAGUCUCAGGAAAUGAUGAAGGAAGCAGAGGAGCGACAUCAGAAAGAAAAGGAAUACCUCCUGAACCAAGCGGCAGAAUGGAAGCUCCAGGCCAAAAUGUUAAAGGAGCAAGAGACUGUCCUGCAGGCACAGAUCACUCUCUACUCUGAAAGAUUUGAAGAAUUUCAGAAAACAUUGACCAAAAGCAAUGAAGUGUUUGCCACGUUCAAACAGGAGAUGGAGAAAAUGACAAAGAAAAUGAAGAAGUUGGAAAAGGAUACUGCUACAUGGAAAUCCAGGUUUGAGAACUGUAACAGAGCGUUACUGGACAUGAUUGAAGAGAAAGCCAUGAGGUCCAAGGAAUAUGAGUGCUUCGUGCUGAAAAUCCAGAGGCUAGAGAACCUUUGCCGGGCUCUGCAGGAAGAGAGGAAUGAAUUGUACAAAAAAAUAAAGCAAGCACAGUUCCCUGAAGAGGUGAAUGGAAAUGGCAUCUUAGAAGAAGACGACGACGCUGAUACGAGCCCUUCCUCCUCUGAGCAGGCGAGCAUUGAACUGCGCGCUACUGAUGAGAGCAUGCUGAAGGAGCUGGCUGAAGCUUUCAGGGUGUCCCACAAGGCAGAGGAGUCCCUCCCAAGCAACAGCAGCAAUCCAGAGACCUGUGACGCUCAAACAUGUAAUGCCGUCCUGGUGCCAGAGCUCCCCUCUCCUCUCACUCCACAGUCAGAGGCCGGGAAUCACUGUGAGCAGCCCAGCACAAGCACACCAACGCCCACUGAACACAUGCCAGCACCCACUGGGAGCACGCCAGCACCCGCUGAAAAUAUGACAAUGCUCACCGAGAGUGUGCCAAAGCCCACCAAAAGCAUGCCUGCGCUCCCAGAAAGGGUGCCAACACCCACAGAAAGUGCGCCAAUACCUCCCGAGAGCGUGCCAGUACCCACUGGGAAUAUGCCAAAACCCAUUGAAAGCAUGCCAGCAACCCCUGAAAACGUGCCAACACCCACACAAAACAUGCCCACUCCCCUUGGGAAUACGCCAGUACCCACGAAAAGUCCACCAAAAGCUGCAGAACGUGUGGAUGACCCAGCGGAACGGUCUGUCCAAGGUCACUCCGCAGAGCAAACAGGGGACACAGACAUGGAAGCAGUGGAUUGA